AUGUCCAGCCCCAUGCAUAGCCUGGAGGAGGCACUCAUCACAGGAGCACUCAGAGAUGAGAAGCCUUUGUCCUGCCCUGCUCUGAAUGCCCCCCCGGAUGGCAGAAAGUUUGGAAGCAAGUACUUAGUGGAUCACGAAGUCCAUUUUACCUGCAACCCUGGGUUCCGGCUGGUUGGGCCCACCAGCGUGGUGUGUCUUCCCAAUGGCACCUGGACGGGGGAGCAGCCCCACUGUAGAGACAUCAGUGAAUGCUCCAGCCAGCCUUGUCAGAAUGGGGGGACCUGUGUAGAAGGCGUCACCCAGUACAAGUGCAUCUGUCCUCCGGGGAGGACCGGCAGCCGCUGUCAGCACCAGGCCCAGACAGCGGCCCCCGACGGCAGCGUGGCCGGCGACCCCGCCUUCAGCCGCGCGCCGCGCUGUGCGCAGGUGGAGCGGACGCAGCACUGCAGCUGCGAGGCGGGAUUCCACCUGAGCGGCGUCGCCACGGGCGACAGCGUCUGCCAGGAUGUGAACGAAUGCGAGCUCUACGGGCAGGAGGGACGCCCCCGGCUCUGCAUGCACACCUGUGUCAACACCCCAGGUUCCUACCGCUGUGCUUGCCCCAGCGGGUACCGGACGCUGGCUGAUGGGAAGAGCUGUGAGGAUGUCGAUGAGUGUGUGAGCCCGCAACUCGUGUGUCCCCAGGGGACCAUGUGCAUCAACACCGGGGGAGGCUUCCAGUGCGUCAGCCCGGAGUGCCCCGAGGGCAGCGGCAACGUGAGCUACGUGAAGACCUCUCCGUUCCAGUGUGAGCGAAACCCCUGCCCCAUGGACAGCCGACCCUGCCGCCACUUGCCCAAGACCAUCUCCUUCCAUUACCUUUCCCUGCCUUCCAACCUGAAGACGCCCAUCACGCUCUUCCGCAUGGCCACAGCCUCAGCCCCAGGCCGACCUGGACCCAACAGCCUGCGCUUUGGGAUCGUGGGUGGCAACAGCCGGGGCCACUUUGUGAUGCAGCGCUCAGACCGGCAGACAGGGGAGCUGAUCCUCGUCCAGACCCUGGAGGGGCCUCAGACGCUAGAGGUGGAUGUCGACAUGUCAGAAUACCUGGACCGCUCCUUCCAAGCCAACCACGUGUCCAAGGUCACCAUCUUUGUGUCCCCUUAUGACUUCUAAGGCAGCCGGGGGGUGGGGGGUCACUGUGGUGUGGAGAUCUGGGCUCAUUUAGCUUCCUCAGAGAUCUGGCUGUGGGCCUUGACUGCGACAGUUCUCUCUCCCCAGCCUGCCUUGUCCUUGCCCACCCGCCCACCUGCCCGUGCCCCCAGGUUUCUAGGGCAAUGCCGCACACUCUUCUGGGGAGUGGCAGAGAAGGGCAGCUACAGGAUCCAGACUGUUGACAUCACGUUGCUUUUUGUUUUGUUUUUUUCCCUGCUUUAAGCUCUUCCCGUAGAUUAUGCACUUUCUCAAGUCUUUACAGGGAAAUGGGCAGUUUUUCAAAAUGCUGACUGAAUGGCAUUGUGAGCGUGAACCAGCUGGGGAGGGAAAAGCUUAUUGUCAGUCCUCUGUAUGGUUAUAGUCAAGCCUUGUUAUGAAGCGGUUCUAGCAUGCUGAGAGCCAAUCAUGCCCUGCUCAUGUGGCAUAGAGAGUGGGUCUCCUGCCACAGCCCGGCACCGUGUUCUUGUCUGCAUUCCCUUCUGUGACAUGCCUGCCAGCCUUCUCAUCAGAAAGCCACGGCAGGGCCUGGAACCCCCACGCAGAUUCUUCUAGACCAAGGAACCAACAUUAAAGCCUAAGUUCUGCCUGAAUGAAUUCCCCUUUGAGAAAUCGUAUCUCAGAACGUAACCUGGUCUUGAAACUGAAGAAAUAAAGUCUGUUGCUCCUCCACGCCCACCUGGCCUGUACCUGCACAUGAGUUAGCCCAGUGCCUUCUAGGAAGGGAUACCUGGCUCUCUUCCGAUCAAGGCUGGACCCACUGGGUUAAAUGCACAAGAAAGAAACCAUGGAGGUGACCUUGGGAUUAUGCCACCAAUAGAAACUUGGCUUGGCCAAAUGGGAGAUUGGUAAGGCCACAUCUGGCUGUGGCGAGCUUAAGAAAAUGCUUGAAUUUACAUUGAUUCCAGGGCCUCCUACUCCUGAUGUAGGAGCCAAGGGACAGUGCCCUCCCGGUGACUGAAGAAGGCAAGCGCUGGCUGGGGCAUGGGGUGGGGUGCUGGAGACCGUUCACGUUAAAACUGAAGAGCCAGCUGAACUGGGAGGAGACUUCAGUAUCCAAAUACAUGCUAAUUUAGGUGCGAUUUCAUCAGACAUUUUACUUUUAAAUUCCUUGUGUUUGCCUUGGUUUGAGGUGGGGCCAGAGGAAGUGUGUUGCCCGUUUAGUGAUCAAGCCAUAUACCAAGAUGGUUUCUAGGAAAAACCUAUUCUUGUCUUAUUUUGUCAAAGAGUGAGACACAGUCAAGAGCUGGUUUUGACAUGUUUCUUCUCCCCUGGCUCAGCGGCAGUCUCUCCAACGGCAGAACGAGGGUCUGCAAAUCUGUCUUAGUGGGUUGUUACAAGAUUGUAUUCAAACUAUUAGCCACAGCCUUGCAUUUUCAAAUGGUGCUGUGACUCGGGUUAGAAACCUGCAUGCCAUCCAGUCCCCUGUGCAGAACGCCAGGGAGGGCAGUCCAAGGGCAUGGCCAUGACCCUGAAAGUACAGUGUCAUAGCGAUGCACUCCUCCUUCCUGCAGGACUGGUUCCAAGGGGCAAGCCUCUCACCUCCCAGCAGGCAAGGAGUGACUUGGGGAGCUACAGAGUACGUGCCCCACCUAGACUGGUGUAUGAUGAUGCCUGGGAUGCCACACAAGCCCAGCCUAAACCAGUGGUUUACAUCACCAAGACCUCUCAUCAUCAAAGCUGCUUCCCAUUUAUGAAAUCCCACAUCCAGCCCCAUCCCCGUAGCACCAGUAUAUGAAUGCCUGGUGGCUUGGGACCCCCUCUUGUGGAUGAUACCUGGGCCCUUCCUCCCUGGGCAAUACCUUAUCUCUGCACUCUCUCCUAGCUAGGAGUUGCACCCCUUUCAGGUAAGAGAGCUUCCUAUCAUUGGUGGGGUCUUGUAAAACUUGUUAUCAUGCAUAGUUGCAAACAUGUACAGAAGUAGAACGGCAUGGUGAACCCCACGUCCAAACCACCAGCUUCAACAAUUAACACACAGCCAACCUUCCCCCACCUCUUCUCUCACCCCCCCCCAUGAUGAUUCUGAAGCAGAUCCUGGACAUCGUAUCAUCUCAUCAGUAAAUAUUUCAACACAAGGACUUCUGAAAAAGCUUAACCUCCAUACCAAUCACACUUAAAAAAUUAGCAAUAAUUCCUUAAUACCUUCAACUAUUCAGUCAUUGUUCAAACUUCUGAGUGGCUCAGGAGUUUUUAUUUGAGUUAGGUCCAUGCUCUGUAAUUCAUGGACAUGCCUCUUGAGUCUCCUUCAAAUGUAGCAUCGGCUCUCAGCUGUUAGCACAUGCUGGAAUCACCUGGAGGCCUGUUAGAAGUCAGUACUGGGUGGUGUGUCCUGUAGAAUUUCUCACAGCCUGGCUCUUCCCGGGUACAUCUCUGCAGUGUCUUUUCAUAUGUUCCUCUGUUCUAUUUCUUAUACAUUAGUAGUUGUAUCGAGAGAGUUAGAGUCUUCUGGUACUUCUGGUGGGAGCCAUAUAAUCUCUAGUUGCCUCUCUUCUGAUGGUAGCAGCCAUUCAUGAUUAUUGCUAGACCCAUAACUUCUUUAGUGGUUGCAAAUGAUAUUCCAGUGCUGUUGUUUCUUCUUUGUUUGUUAGCUGGCACACUUUAUAAAGAGAAACUUACUUCUAUCAGUUAUUCUUUUGAUUACCCUGAGGAUUGGUUUGUAGAGUAUAAAUUCUUGACUUUUUCCCCUUCCUCAGUUUCCAAGGUAGUUUUCUGGAAUCUUUCCAAGCUGUCCAGUAAGACCUGUUUUCUUUUCUUUGAGUACAUAAUGAACUCAUGAUUUAAACAUAUUUCAUGUGUGUUUCAGUGCAUUGCAGUUGUUAUCUUUUACUGUUACUCAGAUUAACCUAUCUUUGGCUCUUGGGAACUGCGUUAAGUUGGCUGAUUCCUUUUGACAUGACCCUAGUGGUCUUUGAUAUUUCGUAGUUAUCUUGUAUGACAAGAUGUUUCAAGCUCAUCUUGUGUAUUUUAUGACCCAGCCCUGAAGUUACCCAGUGAUUCCUGAGGAUCCCUGUUCCUCUUAGUGGAGAAUAAUAAUUAGAGACCAAAAUCUGGGUGCUAAGAGUGCUCAUUGGUAGUGGUUUGGUCACUGUUUCUUGGUGUUAGUGGACAGAACUAGGAAAUAUGUACUAUGAGUUUUGGGGUGUUUUUUUUAACUACAUGAGUUUAUAAUGGUACUUCCAAUUCAACUCAGGACUAUAGGGUUUUAAAUGUAACCUUACUGAUUUUACAUCUGCUCUUUUACUCGUUCCAAAAACCUCUUUCUCAAGAUCACCAAAAUAAUUACAUAUUGUUUUCAAUCCUGAGAAUAACCAUGCCCAAACUAUCAUAAAAUAUGAUUACUGAAAACAGUUAAAAUUUUCUUUUGCAAUUCUUUUUGUCCUUAUGGUUUUUGCCAUUAGGGAUGUUCAGUCAAAUUACCAUUUUAAAAUAAACUUGGAAUAGUGGUUAUGUUCCAAACUUGAAUCAGGGUUAUGGUUAUUCACUUUAUUUUGCUUAAAUUUGUAGAGAUUGCUUUUUUCAUUUCAAUUUUUUUAUAAUUAUGUAAACUAUGUACAUGGCUCCAAAGUCAACUCCACGAAAUGAGCUACAUUCAGAGAAAUCUGUAUUCUGACCCAGUCCCCUCCACCUGUUUCCUCCUUCUGCCUUAGAUAAAUUUUUUUCCAUUUCACCCUUCCAUACAUAUAUGUAUAUAUAUAUAUAUACACACAUAUAUAUAUACACUUUCCUUAGUCUUGCUUUUUUUCCCUGUAACAAUGUAUUGAAUAUCAUUUCAUAGAACCGGAUAGAAUGUUUUCCUAUUAAAUACUCCAUUAUGAGGUCAUACAUACCAUUGUUUAUUCAACCAGUCACCCCUGAUUGACAUUUGGGUUGUUUCCAAUCCUUUGCUAUUAAAAGUAUUGCAGCAAUA